CUCUGCUGCACGAGCACGAAAGCUGCCCGAAUGUGACAAUUAACCUACGCACACGCACGCACAGGACAUCAGGCGCAGGUGCGUGGACUCGCUUCCCCACGCAGCUGAGCGAGCCCUCCGUUGAUGACGGGACGUUGGCGCCUUUGGAGGCGAAAACAACAGCGAGGAGGAGAGAGGAUAACGUUUUUUUGUUUUUUGUGUAAGCCCCCUCCACCUACCUUCACUCCACUCAUCUCCACGGGACAACAUGCACGCCGGAGUGGGAGCCUGCUCGCUUGUCUUAUUCUUCCCUCGGCCAAUUGAAUCGUAGAGCUACUGAAAUGACGACCUCAUCUCGGCUGGGUUUUUUGUAAAACACAAUUUAAAAAAAAAAAAAUAAUAAUAAAAAGGAACAAAAAGAGGUAAACCGGUCGCCCUCUUCGGUUAAUUUCAAGGACGGCGGCCAAGGGGGGAAAAAAAAAUUAAUUAAGGAAAUAAAAGUGGCUGACGGGAGGAGGAAGGAAGCAUGGAGCGGGACGACAGCGUGAAGGCGCCCAAGAAGAAGAAGAGCAUCAUGGCGAAGAUGUUCAAAGUUCGCAAAAGGAGGGAGAUGCUCUUUGUACAGGUGUGCUUCAUCUGCAGUGCCCUCUUCGUGGCGUGGACUAUGUCGGCGCUGUUGACCAAAACAGGCCACGGCAUGAUAAUGCAGGAUCAUCCCGACCCGGAGCGCUGGGGGAGGCGGCUAAUGGCAUCAGUGGCCGAAAAUGAAACUGAACCCAAGAACUGUUCAGCACCAGCAAUACAUGAGUUCCCCGAUGACCUUUUCACCAACAACGAGCGAAAGAACGGCGCCAUCCUGCUGCACAUUGUGGCGGCCCUCUACAUGUUCCUGGCCCUCGCCAUCACGUGUGACGAAUAUUUUGUCACGUCACUGGAGAAUAUAUGUGAGAAACUACAUCUUAGCGAAGACGUCGCCGGCGCCACCUUCAUGGCAGCUGGCAGCUCUGCGCCUGAGCUUUUUGCUUCAGUCAUCGGUGUCUUCAUCACCCAUGGUGACGUGGGGGUGGGAACCAUUGUUGGCUCAGCCGUCUUCAACAUCCUUUGCAUCAUCGGAGUCUGCGGCAUCUUUGCGGGACAGGUGGUGAUGCUGACCUGGUGGGCAGUUUUCCGAGAUUCCUUCUAUUACAUUCUGUCUGUCAUUGCUCUUAUUGCAUUCAUCUAUGACGAGAAGAUUGUGUGGUGGGAGAGUUUAGUGCUGGUGGUCAUGUAUGCAGGAUACAUUCUGGUCAUGAAGUUCAACUCCAGCAUGCAGGCUUUCUUCAUGGGAAGCUCCAAGAAGAACGUGGCCAACGGUAACGCAGCGACCAGCAGUGAGAUGGAGGACGUGAAGCCCACUAAAGCUUACAGCCGUGGCUCAGUGGUGAUGGUGGACGAGAUCAUGAACGCCAGCCCGUCCAAGUUCCGCUUUCCCGAAGCGGGCCUUCGGGUCAUGGUCACCAGCCACUUUGGACCCAAGACCCGCCUGCGCAUGGCGAGCCGCCUCAUCAUCACAGAGCGCCAGAAGUUGGUCCAGGCGGCCAACGGCGUGGAGACACAAGGGAUGGAUGGCAAGACGGACAUCGAGAACGGCAACGUGCCCGAGGACAAAACCGACAAGGAGGAGGAAGAAAGCGGCAUCUCCCCGUUUGGUAUUCCUAAGGGAUGCGGCAACAAGAUCAAGUGGCUGAUCUCAUGGCCUCUGCUGCUCUUGUUGUUCCUCACCGUCCCAAACUGUGGCAAGCCACGCUGGGAGAGAUGCUUCAUGGUCUCCUUCAUCCUCUCGACUGUCUGGAUCGCAAUCUUCUCCUACCUGAUGGUCUGGAUGGUGACUAUAAUUGGCUACACUCUGGGAAUCCCUGACGUCAUCAUGGGAAUCACCUUCCUGGCAGCGGGCACCAGCGUCCCCGACUGCAUAGCCAGUCUCAUUGUGGCUCGCCAAGGUUUGGGAGACAUGGCCGUGUCCAACACAAUUGGAAGUAACGUGUUUGACAUUCUAGUGGGACUGGGCGUCCCCUGGGCGCUCCAAACCAUGUGUGUUAACUACGGAUCAGAGGUGAUGAUCAACAGUCGAGGACUUGUGUAUUCGGUGGUGCUUCUGCUGGGAUCUGUGGCCCUCACAGUCCUGGGCAUCCACCUGAACAAGUGGCGUUUGGACCUGAAGCUGGGCAUCUAUGUUCUGGUCCUGUACGCGGUCUUCCUCUGCAUCUCAGUCAUGAUCGAAUACAACGUGUUCACCUUUGUUAACCUGCCCAUGUGCUUUGACGAGUAACUCUCGCCGUGCGGCAGCAAGGACACCAAAACAAUCCUCACAGGCCCAGAGUCCCUCCCCCGUUCAAAAAUACCGGACCCCUCUCUUUCCGUCACUCUGAAUCUGUUUAUCCCCGAGUCUGUCCACGAGGUGGCACACUUGAGCCGUUCUGACUCUCGUCCUCGCUCACACAGUGCCAGUCCUUGAUGCUCAUUUGGAGCGUUGCCGCAGUACUGCUGUCCACCUGUCUACUGUGUCCAUCCAUUAGCAUGCCUUUAGCUGUCUGAGGUGGGGAGGGCCCAGAAUAAUAGUGCUCCCCCCACCCCCCUUUUCACCAUAUCACUAUUUCACAUUGACAGAAUCCUCACAAGGUUUACUGAGAACUCCAGGACCCAAAGAGACAAGCACACUCUUUUUAUUUUAUUUUAUUUUGUGCCCCCUCCCUUUGGAGGGAGGGCCAUGUUUGGCAGCUCCCCUCCUCCAGCCUCCAACUUGACACCAGGAACUAAAAACCACCUGCAAUCUUGAACGUUGAAGUGUAUGCACUUUUUUUUCUUUUUCUUUUUCAGUUUGCAUUUAUUUUUUCCCAAAAUCCCCUCCAUCUUUUGUGGAAAAUGGAGGGAGACCAAGUUUGCAACUAUCUUUCACUUUGUACGCGAGACCGCUUCUUGUGCUGGAUGGAGAUUUUGAACGGCCGCCGCCGGGGUGCCGCGUUCUCUCAGCUGCGACUCGCCGCUCUGCCCGACGCACAACUUCAGAGGAACCGUGCGAUGGAUUUGUAUUUGAUUUUUGCAAUUAACUUUUGAGACAAAGGAACUAGACAGCUCUCUUCAUACUGACUGUCUGCUAGACCACCCCCUGGCAGGUAGGGGGUGCCAAUCACAGCCAACAGUUAUCAGGGACAGCUUUUUUUGGGGGGGGGGGGCUGUCGUGUUGAUGUGAGUUGUAUGUAGAUACUGCACUUUAACAGCCAUCCUCUCAUUCUAAAUCAACUAGUGCUUCCUUUGGGGUGUGUGUGUGCGUGUGUGUGUGUGUAAACAGACUGGAGCCCGGUGAAUCCAAUGAGCACACCCGUCUCUUGUCCGCAGUGCAUGCUGGGAUGUUAAAUGCGGUGUCCGUCCCCUCCCUCCCUCGAAGCACAGCGGAAAGGCUGCUUAUUCCCGUCAGGCGUCUCCAUGGCAACUGCCUGGUCCAGUUUUACACACACAAAAAUAAGUUUAAAAAAUCGGCAGCUACACUGCAAAAUUGCAAGCGAUGAGCCGAGCUACAGAGAAUUGCGACAAAGUGGUGUGGGUGGGAUAUUCCUGUGCCACACAUGGUGGUAGGCACUUGUAUAUGCAAUCUCAAUGUCAUGACUUUGUGUGUUUGUGUGCGUGCGUGCGUGCGUGACAUGAGGCCCCUGCCAGGUUUCAUGAUGUUGUUGUCCGUCUAGUACUAAAUGUGAGCUCACAGGUGUGCUUUUUGUUUUUUUCUUUUUUCAAAAAGGUUUUUUAUGAUUGCUGUUGAAAUGAUGGACACUUGUAUGGUCCUUUUUUCCCCACAAAGAGCCAAAAGAAGCAACAUGGUGGACCAAUGUUUUUUUUUUGUUGUUUUUUGUUUUUUGGGACUGUCACUUUAAGAGGACCUGGUGGAGAGUACUUGGGGACAAAGUUGGACCCACCCUUAACAUGCUUCUCCAUUUCACUGCUGGAUGGAGGUGACCAUCUGUACAUACACCUUUUUUUGUCUGGAAGCAGCACUCUACUCGUUUUGAGUCCAAAUGCACAUUUUCUUUUUCUUGUCAAGGCUGCUCUAUGUGGUCCUAUCUUGGUUGCCAGGUUGGAGUUUUGUCCUCCUUGUUGUUGAGCUUGCGUUUGUCAGCAAGUCUUUUUUUUUUUUUUUUUUUCUUUCUCCUGGAGAAAGAAGGAAAAAAAGAAUUCUUUGAUGCAGACCAGAUGGAAGUCCUGUGUAAAAAAAACAACAACAACAAAAAAUAUGCACAGACGGUGUGGAAAGGUGACGGGAACACAAGGACUCGUGUGUAUUUAUUUGAUUGAAUGCGACCUGAUGCACUGUGAGCUCAAUGUGAUGUGGGAGUUGUCAACAAUAACUGAUUAACAAAAAUCUAUUUAAUGUAAAGUUAGUUACUAUAAUAAAAAAAAUACUGUAUAACUUAUAUGAAUGUAUUGUCUUGCUAUACUGGACAUCUCCAACCAAUGCAUUUUACUGUAAAGCAAUAAUGUGAAGAAAAAAAAUAAAAUGGCAAAUAUGUUCCUCUA